AUAGCUCCGGCGAUGAUUUGGACCGAUUUUUUUUGUUCUGCAAUUUCUUGUUCUGCUCUUCAUUCUGGUGGACUCACCACAGACACAGUUCCACGUAAAGUUUGUGCAACACACCACCAGAAUUUGCACGCGUCGAUGGAUGGCUUGGAGUAGAGGCCACAGGCGGCCAUGCAAUUUCUCAGCGAUUUGAAAAAGGCUGCCAAGGGCGAACGGGAAGAAGAGUUCUCCUUUGAUGAUGAUGCUGAAAAAGGCAAGGCGGACAAGUGGCUGGAAAAGAUCAACAAGUAUUCCAAGAAGAUCCAGUCUGCCCCUGCAGCAGCCCGAGAGAAGUUGCAGAAGAUGAGGGAACCCAAGGACGAGGAGAAAGCUGCGUACUUUGAGGAGGCCGCGCAGGAGAAAGCAAAGAGUGCCAAUUGGUGGUCGGGUUGCGAUCCAAAAGACGACCCCGAUGUGAAGCAGUGGAGUCGUUCGGCGUCCUCCGAGACCCUUCAAAGCCAUGCUGCUGGAGAAUCCGUCACCAGCGGGGACGAGUCUUGGUUUGAGGAGGAGGACCAGUCCGAGGAUGAGAAAGAAGCGGAACAGAAGGGCCAAGUGAGGAUGAGUCAAAUCGACUUCGAGUCAUUGCAAAACGGCGGGGCUGUGAGCGUCAAGCCAAUGGACACCAUCGCAGAGGCUGCCGAGCCCGAGCCGCCGGAGCCCAAGGCGAAGGAGGCACCGCCGGCUGCCGCCGCGGCCGCAAAGGCUGCCAAGGAUCCUUUUGACAGCAGUGGGUGAUGAGGGAGCCGCGGCUGCGCCUGCGGCGCCUGUGAAGGCAGAAGAGGCAAAGAAGGGCCCCAAAAAGGGCAAAAAGCCGGUGAAGUCCAAAGCAGCUCCAGUGGCUUCUACCAAUCUGCCGGCCAAGGAUCCCUUCGCUGAUUCGGACGAGGAUACUGCAGGCGCCGGGUAUCCAGCCAAAGAUGCUAAGGCGCCAGCUCCAGCCAAAAGUGCUGACCCCUUUGCUGAUAGCGACGAGGAUACAGGCCCUUUGUUGCCUUCGACACCGGUGGAGGCCACCAUGCGCCGUCCCAGCCAAGUACCUCAAAGGCGGAGCGAGACUUCCAAAAGCCAGAGCAGUUCCGGAGUCGAUGCCCCCAAGAAGGCCAGAAAACCCAAAGGCCGGCCAGAUGGAAGCAAGGCGGAAGAUGGGACCGCCAGUAGUAGCAGCAAAAAGCCGGUCGGGCGGCCCAAGAAGAAGGCUGCAGCCGCAGUGGCCCCAGCAGCAGCUGCACAGGACUCGGAUGGUGAAGACGCGAAGUUUUGAGCGAGGCGUCAGUGACCAGCUGUAGAGGUACUGAUUUUCCAGUCGUAGAAUGCCGCGGUUGCCCCGAAUUGUUUCUGUUCUGAAAGGUCG